AUGAACAACCUGGGCAUCAUGCCUGUGGACAUGAGUGGGCAGCCGCUGGUCUCAGAUGACGAUAAGUUUAGUGAAGCCACGGCCGUGCUGUUCACCUGGAUCGAACGGGGCGAAGUCAACCGCAGGACCUCCAACCACUUCUACUCCAUGAUCCAGUCAGCCAACAGCCAUGUUCGCCGGCUGAUGAGCGAGAAAGCUCUGCACGAGGAGGAAAUGGAGCGCGCCAAAGAGGCCUUCAAGAACGCCCUGCUGUCCAUUUUAACACAGUUCGAGCAGAUCACCGCCGUUUUCACCGCUGCCACCAGGCAAAAGGCAUGGGACCAUUUCUCAAAAGCACAGCGCAAGAACAUAGACAUUUGGCGCAAGCAGUGUGAGGAGCUAAGAAACGCUCACAGCGAGGAGAUCAUGGGUAUCAGACGAGAGGAGGAGAUGGAGAUGUCAGAUGACGAUUCAGAUGAAAUUCCCAGCAAGAGGAUGCGCUCAGAGGAAAACGGAGUGUGUGAUCAGACUCAGGCCUCUCUGAAGGAGGAGAACGACUCGCUGCGCUGGCAGCUGGACGCCUACAGGAACGAAGUGGAGCUCCUGAAGAACGAACAGACCAGAGGCAGCCAUCCAGAUGAUGAUCACACACAAACACACACACAUGCUCACAGUCCUGAGGCGCAGAUCCAGCUGCUGCAGCAGAGCAUGCAUAGCAUGCAGCAGCAACUCUUGAGUCUUCAGGAGAAGCUGUCGAAAAAGGAAACUGAGCUGGAACAGGAACGAGAUGAGCAUCGCUACAUGGAGGUGGAGCUGCUCUCACUCAGAGGCAAGCUGCUGAGCAGUAAUGGGAAGACUUUGGAGGGAACCAACGAAGAGUUUCAUGAAAAGAGCAUUAAUGGCUGCGUUCCAUCGCUGUACCUCAGCAGAGACAGGAGAACAGAAUUCAUGAGAGGAGGAGUUGCUUCAGAAAAAGAGGCGCUGCUUCUGGGCAUUAUAUCAACCUUCCUUCAUGUCCAUCCGUUUGGCGCCAACCUGGAGUAUCUGUGGUCAUAUAUACAGAGGCUAGACUCCAAGGUGUCUGCGAUGGAGCUGGAGCGUCUCAUGGUCCGUCUGCCCAGUAUGUUCAGGCAGGAGCUGAGUGGUGUUGGAGCCACUCUGGAAAAACGAUGGAAGUUCUGUGGUUUUGACAGCCUCAGUUCAGCGUGA